CGUUGCAAGGGGAGGUGUCGUCGGUCCCCACAAAAACAACUACUUUUUCCGAAGUUGUCAAAACAGUUUUGUUUCGAAGUUUUCGUUUGAAAGUUUAUUGUGAUCCUCCACUAACACUGUGAAACUUGGUACCUAUUAGACUAUCCAUGUGCGUUUUUUUUACGGUUUGAAGUUGUGUUUUUUUUGUUAUUGUUAAGUUUUUUGUUUGGUGCAUCGUGCCGGUUCGGAGACCGGCGGGGCACCCUUCGAAGCACCAGGCCUGGACGCACGGCUAAGAGACCCCAAAGGACAAAGCCUUUAGGGCGUGUAGUCGUGGUGGUCGGUGUGAGCGGUUUCCGCUCCAACCGUCAAGCUGGCAGCGAGCGCGUUGAGCAUGAACCCGCACUACCACGGGUACGCGGAGCUGAGCUCGCCGCACCCGUCCUCUCCGGAGGCCUCCUUCGCGGCCAACGGGCACGAUUAUCCACACAACAACAAUAACCCGGCGCUAAAGGAAUGCGCGGGCUGCGGUGGGAAAAUCGUCGAGAGGUUCCUCCUUCACGCCCUGGACAGAUACUGGCAUCACGGCUGUCUAAAAUGCACGUGCUGCGGUCAAGCCCUCGCGGACAUGGGAAGAUCCUUCUAUUUCAAGGGUGGGAUGAUAUUAUGCAAAAACGAUUAUACGAGAAUGUUCGGGUCCGGAGGCGCGUGCGCAGCUUGCGGGCAAGCGAUACCGGCCAGCGAAUUCGUGAUGAGAACGAACGCGCCCCAACAACCGCUCCACGUCUUCCACAUAAAGUGCUUCGCGUGCUCCAAAUGCGGCUCCCACCUCAUGCAAGGCGAUAGGUAUUAUAUGCUCGCGGGCUCAUUAGUUUGCGAGCAGGAUUGGCAGAAGCUAAUGAAGAGCGCGAACGCAACAGGCCAGGGCGCUACUGCUCCCGUGCGCAAAGGCAAGGUCGGCCGCCCUCGCCGCUCGCGGGAAUGAGCACCACCCGCCUACGCGCAGCACUCGCACCAGGACUAUGAACAGGUGAUGGCAUGCUCUUAUCUGAGGACGUCGGGCAUUAAUUCUCAAGUACCAAGCGUGUCCAGUUGGACACCGCCGGUAGCGCCGACUUUUCCUACGUCAUAUGUGACGGGACCGUCGAAUGCGACAGCGGGCCCCCCUCCAUUCGUGACAACCUUGGAUGCGUUCGGUCAACAGAGCACAUCCCUAACGGCGUAUCCCGCAACCGAUCAAGAGCCGGCCCUCGAUUUAACAACAACCCCAUCGCUGGAGUGUCGACCUCCGAACAGUGAGGACGAAACAGUGUGAUAGUGCUGUGCCACAGACUUUGUUAACACGGGCAGUAGCGAAUGUUCACUCACUGAAACGGGCGACACGUAGUCACGCCAGCGAGUAACAUUUGCCCUAAUGUCAUUGAACUGUUAAGUUAUAUAUUUAGUACCUAAUACAUAUUUAAUUUCGGUUGUGAAAAUGGCAAUUUAUGUAAAACUUAAUUCGCUGUGUGUAAAAAUUUCCAUUUACUGGUACUUAAUAAGCGUUUAACAAAACGGAUGUGUAUGACACAACAGUGUUAUCUAUGUUGAUAGCAAGUGAUAGCAGGGAUGUUGUCGUGAAGGUUUCUAUGGCAUAUCUUACGUAAUGUAGUUGUGUACUCCUAGUAUAUCAUAUACUACAAGCUCGUGGUUGUAUUGUAUUAAUGAAAUUUAACGGUUAAGAUCCAUCGAACUGCAAUGAUUGUUAAUAUCUAUACUUUAUUGUCAGCAUUUAUGCAAAUCACUUCAGAUUAUCUAUCACAUAAUCUAAAUAGUGAAGUACGAACAAUAUUUAAGAUGUACUAGUUAAUCUUGUUAUACAAUUGUAUUUAAUAUCGAAUCUUGCCAGAAUUGAGUACCAAUAAAAUAUUAAUUUAACUUUACACGCGUCUCUGUGAUUUGCAAUUUUGCUAUGUAAAUAUUCUUGUCGACUAAGUUACUUCAUGUUAUGAGCUGUAUCGAAUGCUCGUCAAUAUUUUUCGUUCGGGUUGUAAAUAUUAGCGUAACUUUCUAGACGUAAGUAGACACAUCUUGUACCUAAAAGUUUUGGCGCGAAACUUCAUUGCAAUAAUUAUGAUGCCAACAUUUUUGAACUUUUAAAAUCGAAUAAGAAAUGUUCUAAAUACUUAUUAAUAAUUGUUUCAACGGUUGGACUUGUUCGAAUCGAUUUUAAUGUUAACACUAUGUAAGUAAUUUUAAACGCUAACAUUCCUUGCUGUAUACACUUAGGAAAUUAUUAUUUUAACUGUUAUAAAUCUUAAUCAAUGUUAGACCAGUGUUUUAACGAUUUCAAAAAGUAAUUCAUAUCAAAACGUUUAGUUGAUAAUGACAAAAAAAUAUAUAAAAUGUUAGCGUUUAGUCAGUCUUGCCAUCUAAUAUUAAUGUUUAAUAGAAAAUGAAGAAGCUUGAGGUUUGAAAUGAAAUGUAUUUACAUUUAAAGCUCACGGCUAAUUCAAUUUCUAAGACAAAACACUUGUGGUGUUACCAGUACACAAAGAGAAGCAUACCUACAUACCUAGCCUAAGAGAGCCGGUGACAGGAGGAGAAAAUAAACAAUUUUGUAAAUUAA